AAUAGUCAGUUUAGCUAGGAGCACCAUUUUAGGGAAACGCGUCGCCAAGCCCUGUCUCUGGCAUAUUAGCAUUAUUCUGAAAACGACGCAACUCUUACUUUAGCUGGCUCAUUUCUCUUACAGCGCUUAAUUAGGAAACUAGCAAACAAUAGGCUGUAUUCCGGUAGACGAACACAAGGACAACCCACACGGACACACCGAGGUGGCUCUAGCUAGCUGCUAAAGCUAACUCUAGCUGGCCGACGCAACAGUCACUGAGCCUACACCCGAAGUCUUUCAAAAUGAGCGCCGCCUCCUCGCAAAAAGUUGUCCUGAAAAGCACCACAAAAGUGUCCCUAAAUGAGCGCUUCACUAACAUGCUGAAGAACAAGCAGCCCACUGCAGUAAGCAUUCGAGCCACCAUGCAACAGCAGCAUUUGGCCAGUGCCCGGAAUCGCCGGCUGGCCCAGCAGAUGGAAAACCGGCCCUCAGUGCAAGCUGCUCUGAAUCAUAAACAGAGCCUGAAGCAGCGCCUUGGGAAGAGCAACAUCCAGGCCAGGUUGGGCCGGCCUGUUGGGGUUCUGAUGCGCGGAGGACCAGCUGGAGGAAGAGGAGGAAUGCGGGGGAUGACCAGGGGGGGACUCCGAGGACGAGCCAGAGGAGGUGCAAUGAGAGGAGCUCUGUCCCUAAGAGGGAAGCGAGUGUCUACAGGUGUCCCAAUGCGAGGCCGUGGCUCAGCAGGCCGCCUGGCGAUGCGUAGAGGAGGCCGCUUCCGUGGAGGAGCAGCUGGCAGAGGAAGUCCAAUGUCCCGAGGAGCAGGACGAGGAGGGAUAACCAGAGGGCGUGGCGGACUGCGUGGUCGUGGGGGAUUUCCCGGCCGAGGUGGUCGCGGCCGCGGCAGGGGCCGAGGUGUUGGCCGACCAGCUGUGACCCGUGAACAACUGGACAACCAGCUGGAUGCCUACAUGUCAAAGACCAAAGGUCAUCUGGAUGCUGAACUGGAUGCUUACAUGGCCCAGGCAGAUCCAGACAGCAUGGAGUGAUACUGAAGAACUCAAACGCAGAAGCACAUAGAGUCACUGCACAACUGUACAGCUGAACUCACACAGAGUGUAGUCUAUUGUACACCAGAUAGAUGUGCUGAGAAAUUCUUAAUAAUUUAGAAGAGUGGUGACAGUCAAGGAAAAGCAGGAGAUCAAGCUGUCACCUGAAAGUGCUUUGACCACUACUCAAUUCUGCAUCAAGCUCCUCCUGCAAAACCCUUUUUAGCUUUGGAAGAACUGAGCGAAGGGGCCUUUUUUAAAUAUUGAUGAACCCUGCUGUCAGUAGACUUCUGUUUUGUUUUAUGUUGAAUUUUUUUUUUAUAUAUAUGACCUGAACAACACUUACACACAUAUCUGUAAUGGCUCAAAAGUAGUCAAUGAUGGAGAUGUUGUGUUAACCUUCUGUUGAAGUCAAGUUUGAAUUCCAUCUUUUGUUUUUUUUUAAAACGUUUGUUUUAGGUUAGCUUUUAGUGUUGGGUGUGCUCAGACCUUUUGGAAUUCUUUUAUUGACUUACCUUUGAAACAUUUGCAAUGCAAAACUUUCCUAAAUUAUUUGUUAAAAGAAUGUAAGGAAACCGUUUUUAAGCCAAGUAUCCAUUUCUCUUUGUUUUGUAUUUAAAAGAUGUAGUACAUUUAAGUUUUUGUUCCUCUGUAUCUUCCACCUGUCAGCACUAUGAAGUGGAGAUCUACCAAUCUUAACUUGUACUUGAGAGAAUUUGUAUGACAUUACCAAAAGGAAGUAAAAUACAUUUUAAUUAAAAUGUAAA